UUCUUGCUCAUCCCUAGUUUCGCGCCUUAAAUGUUUUCUGUGGUUUUGGCAACCGUUUUGUUUUUUGGGGGUUUCUAAGUGGCCUGCGUGCUAAUAAGUUGUUCGUAUUUAUUAAAAUAACCAUGUCCAGCGAAGCAGGUCUGGGUUCCAAAUGGACGCGACCAGAUGAUUUUAUAAAGCUGCAGCGGCUCAAACAGAAGAAAAACAAAUUGGCUGCCCGUGUGAGCAACAACAACAGCAAGAGACCAGGGCUCCAAGUUUAUGAGACUGAUAAAAGCAAGCUUCUAGAGGCUAAGCUCGCUCAAAAGCGAAAGAACCCAUUUGCCAAAUCCACAGACGAUGCCAAGAAGCAGCGUAUAGACCCAGAAGUGCCGAACGUCGAACCGGUGGUCACCGCCUCCUCCUGCUUUGUGCGGGAAACUCCCACUCGUCCGCCGCCCGCCAAGUUCGUGCUGCAGAAGUAUGACCCUCAGGCCUUUGCCAAGCUGUUUCAGCAGCAACAGACCAAUGCAGAGGACGAGGAUGAUGCAGAGUUGGCCGCCCGCCAGAAGCACACCGCCCACCUUCCAGUGGAUUGGAGCCUAAAGACGCGCGCCCGCUUCUUCUGCCCCACGGAACUGCCGGCUAUCCAGCUAAAGACCUCUCAGCUGGCCAGCGGACUCACCAGCUUCGUGCGCUGUAUGGAUCCACAACGGACAGAGAGCACGCUGGAUAUUUCGGACGCCACGCGGUUCAACCAGUGCACUUACUACUGGCAGCACCCACACCUGCCUUGGUUGACCCUUUUCCCUCGCACCGCCAAGGAGAACGUGGGCGUGGUCGUGGGCGAGCGGGAGCGCAAAGCGCUGGCUGAGGAGUGGGACUACAGCUUCCGCGGAUUGUUUCAGCUACUGCGUGCCCGCCAAUGCCCAUACUUCUACUUGUGCGCCAACACCUUUACGGUGCUGUUUCGAGCUGCCGGAGUGGGCGGUCGGGCGGAGAGCCAUGCCCUGGUAACGCCGUCGACACGCGGAAUGCGCCAGACUCUCAGGCAGGAGGGAAUCGAGUUCAGCAUGCCCCUAAAGACCGAGUCCAAUGGCAACGCACACGACAAUAGCUUUCCCGAGGAGAGCACUAGCAGCUCCAUGGGUCAAGAAACGACCGAGGACGCUGCUCCGCCAGACAAGGAAGAUGAGGACGAGGAAGAGGACUGGCUGGAGAGCUUGGGCGUAGACGAUCGCGAGCUGCGCCGCAUUCAAUCAUCGCAUGCAAGAAAACAGCAGGCCGCCGAGAUGCGAGAGGAUUUUAGCGACAACUCUCUACUCGUCAUCGAUGGCGUCGAGUGCCAAGGAUUCUUCAGUUACCUCUUGAACGCCAAAAGCGCCAUCAGCACAGUAGGCCGACUGGCAGGAGUGCCACCAACCCUACUGUCCCCCGUGGCGUUCCCAAAGGCCACUAUGCAGCAUUUGGUUCCGCGCUCCAAGAAGGUCCGCCUGGACGGCGUAGACUACUUCAGCGUGGAUAUUAAGGGCCUAAUUCUGCCCACAUUCCUGCCCAGCGUGGCCGAGUUGCUCUGCGAGACGCGCCAGAUGUUCAGUUCCACGCUGGCCAGUAGCACAAACACGCUGGCCUUCAGUAAGGCCACCCAGAAGCUGCUAGAGAGUCCGGAGACCGCGCAGCCGGAUGGAGAGGGAGAUGAUGCCGCCGGGCAGGUCUUUGGCGAGCAAAACCUCUCCGAGUGCGGCCUGCUGCCUGGAGUAGUGGGAUCCAUCUGCCGCACUGGCCAACACGCCGUUGGUCUUCUCGAGCGUGUUUGCUAUCAGAGAGGCGAGGGAUACGCAUGGAGCUAGAAAGCACCCUGUCAUUAGCAAAAGGAUCGCGUUGAAGGGCAGCUUGCGUUGUUGCACUAAUCUUAAUCUGUAUAUUUUGUUACGUGAAAUAAAAAUGUGUGCUAGCGAAGAGAAGAUAUUUCAACUGA